GUCAGGUGGGCUAUUGAAUUGUUGGAAAAGGAACGUGAUAACUUGAUAACUGACUUAAACGUUUCAACGAAUAAUACUAGACUCAAAAAUGAUAAGAUUUAUAAAUCAAAAUUCAUACGAUUAAUUCAUGAUACAAAAAAAUUGGACAUUGAGUUGUUAGAACAAAAAAAAAUAGAAAAUGACUUGGAUGAAGAUAUUAUGCAAUGGAACGCCGAACUUGAUAAUCUUAUUAUUAAUAACAAAAAAAAAGAAGCCAGGACAUCAAAUUUGAUAAAUAAUAUAGAUAUUUACAAUAAAUUGAUCAAUAAACAAAAUCAGUAUUCAAUUAAAGUAGAAAACCUAUUGAAACAACGACAAAAAAAACAAAACAUUUAUAAUUCACUAAUGAAAAAAUUGAACAAAGGUAGACAAAUAAUAACGGACCUCAAUAAGCAAGCUACGAGAACAUUCAAGGAUAGAAAUAAUGCAACAGAUCGAUUGGAUAUGUAUUCAAAAGUAAGUGAAAAUCAGCGUUCAGAACGUGAAUUAAGUUUGAUGUUGGAUAAAUUAAGAUUCCAAGAGAAUUUUGAUCAGACAAAAUUUAUCUCUAAAAAAACAAACAAGCGAAAAAAUGAAACUUCCGAAAAGAAAGAAGAGAAUGAAAUUGAAUUUACAGCUUUAAGAGCUGAAGCAGAGAAUUUUAUAAAAUAUUUAAUGUGUUAUGCAAGUGAUAAAAACAUAGCCAACAUUAUUGAUAACAUAUUUAAUAUGAGUACUGAUAAUAAAAGUAUGUUUGAUUUGAUUAUGGCAAUGGAAUUACAAUUAAAUCGUUUGGAAAAUAUGACUAAAAUUUCAAGGGCUACAAUUUUAAAAAAGAACCUUGAGUCAUCUAAGGUAAAAAGAAUAAAAAGAGAUCAAUUGGCUCGCAGUAUUCAAUUUUUUAAAGAUGAAGCAAACUGGUUAAAAAAUUUGCGAUGUAAACAUAAACAAUUAGAAACAGAAUGGGAAAAAAUUUGUGAAGCUAUUGAAGAAUUAUGCGAUUUGUUAAAGGUUGAUCGAAGUCCGUUGUCGUCGUUUUUGGGUCAUCAUGAACAUCCAAACCAAAAUAAUAUGGUCGAAUAUUUUAAACUCAUGGAGCAUCGAGUAAAUGAGAUUAUUUAUUGGCUUUACUGUGCUCAGGAUAAUUGUAUAAACAAUGUAUAUGAAGAGUUAAUGUCUUCGGGAUCGGAGAUAGAUGAUUUUAUUGACAAAGACUUAGAUGGUUUAAAAAAAAAACAGCCAAAUAUCUUAACAAAAAAAGACCCUUCAACAACACCCAUAGUUUCUAAAAAAUUAGACCUGGGUGAACAGGUCCCAACCCCUUGUGCAAUAUGUUUGGAAAAUCGUUUUAUGGCUGAUGCAGAUGAAAAAAUGGCUCGAUCUAGUGAAAUGUCUUUUUUCGACCAAGAUAACUUUACAAUAGGCGUGUGUCGAUUUAAUAAAAUUAUUAAUAGGAAUAUAGAUAAAGACGAGGAUUUAAGACUGUUUAUUCAUCGAAACUCCGAUUGUCCACUGAUAACUAAUAAUCUGAUCAAAAAUUAUAAUCACCUUAAACGUGUUUAACUAAAGCUUGUACAGACCAUUAUUUUAAAACAAUUGUAUAUCAGUAUUGAAUACUGUAAUGAUUUAUUGAUUUCAUUCAGUCAAUGCAUUUAUUAUCUAAUAUAUUACAGACAUAAAAUUUUUAUUUUUGAUUAUAAUCGACAUUUAAUAUGAAGAAAAAAAUAUAAGAAGAGGUAAUAG